AUGGCCACCGCCAUUCAGAACCCGCUCAAGUCCCUAGGCGAGGACUUCUACCGCGAGGCCAUCGAGCACUGCCGCAGCUACAACGCGCGCCUGUGCGCCGAGCGCAGCCUGCGCCUGCCCUUCCUCGACUCGCAGACCGGCGUGGCCCAGAACAACUGCUACAUCUGGAUGGAGAAGACCCACCGCGGGCCGGGUUUGGCCCCGGGACAGAUCUAUACGUACCCCGCCCGCUGUUGGAGGAAGAAACGGAGACUCAACAUCCUGGAGGACCCCAGACUCCGGCCCUGCGAGUACAAGAUUGACUGUGAGGCGCCCCUGAAGAAGGAGGGCGGCCUCCCGGAAGGGCCGGUCCUUGAGGCUCUCUUGUGCGCGGAGCCGGGGGAGAAGAAGAUUGAGCUGAAGGAGGAGGAGACCAUUAUGGACUGCCAGAAACAGCAGCUGCUGGAGUUUCCGCACGAUCUCGAAGUAGAAGACUUGGAGGAUGACAUUCCCAGGAGGAAGAACAGGGCCAAGGGCAAGGCAUAUGGCAUCGGAGGUCUCCGGAAACGCCAGGACACCGCUUCCCUGGAAGACCGAGACAAGCCGUAUGUCUGUGAUAUCUGUGGGAAACGGUAUAAGAACCGGCCCGGGCUCAGCUACCACUACACCCACACCCACCUGGCAGAGGAGGAGGGGGAGGAGAACGCCGAGCGCCACGCCCUGCCCUUCCACCGGAAAAACAACCAUAAACAGUUUUACAAAGAAUUGGCCUGGGUCCCUGAGGCACAGAGGAAACACACAGCCAAAAAGGCGCCGGACGGCACUGUCAUCCCCAACGGCUACUGUGACUUCUGCCUGGGUGGCUCCAAGAAGACGGGGUGUCCCGAGGACCUCAUCUCCUGUGCUGACUGUGGGCGAUCAGGACACCCCUCGUGUCUGCAGUUCACCGUGAACAUGACAGCGGCCGUGCGGACCUACCGCUGGCAGUGCAUCGAGUGCAAGUCAUGCAGCCUGUGCGGCACGUCGGAGAACGACGACCAGCUGCUGUUCUGUGACGACUGCGAUCGGGGUUACCAUAUGUACUGCCUGAGUCCCCCCAUGGCGGAGCCCCCGGAAGGGAGCUGGAGUUGUCACCUCUGUCUUCGGCACCUGAAAGAAAAGGCUUCUGCCUACAUCACCCUCACCUAGGCCUGGCUCUGGCUCACCGGACCUCUGGGGUGGUGCUCGCCUACCUG